AACAGUUUCAAAAUUCAACAAGGUGUAACUUCUUCUUGUUCAUCAUCAUUGAUUCAAAUUCAUAGCUUUAAAAGCUCAAUUAAAGACAGAAAAUGAUAGACAUCUCCAAUAGUGUUUUCUUCUUCUUCACUCUUGUCACGAUUCUCCUAUCAUGUUUGGUUUAUACAUUCACGCGCCUGAGUCACAAACCCGUGAACCUCCCACCGGGUCCACCGGGUUGGCCGGUGGUUGGGAAUCUAUUACAGUUCGCGCGGUCCGGGAAACAGUUUUUUGAGUACGUCGACGAGAUGAGAAAGAUCUACGGCCCAAUUUUCACGUUAAGGAUGGGAAUCCGAACAAUGAUCAUCAUCUCCGACGCAAAUCUUGCACACCAAGCCUUGAUCGAACGUGGAGCCCAAUUCGCAACCCGACCCGUUGAAACUCCGACCCGGAAAAUCUUCAGUUCUAGCGAUAUCACCGUCCAUUCCGCGAUGUACGGUCCCGUGUGGCGAUCACUGAGACGGAACAUGGUUCAAAACAUGCUCAGCUCUAACCGGUUAAAGGAAUUCGGUUCAAUUAGAAAAUCCGCCAUUGAUAAGCUCGUGGAGAAGAUCAAAUCGGAAGCUAAAGAACACGAAGGACUCGUUUGGGUUUUGAGAAACGCUAGAUUCGCUGCUUUUUGUAUCUUGUUAGAUAUGUGUUUUGGAAUCGAAAUGGAAGAAGAAUCGAUUGAGAAGAUGGAUCAGAUGAUGACGGAGAUUUUAAUCGCCGUUGAUCCACGAAUUCACGAUUACCUUCCGAUUCUAACUCCGUUUUACUUCAAGGAGAGGAAAAAGGCUCUGCAACUUCGCCGGAAACUUGUCGAAUUCGUCGUUGGAUUCAUCGAGAAGCGACGUUCGGCAGUUCGAAAUCCCGGCUCCGAUAAAACGGCGACGUCUUUCGCGUAUCUAGAUACUAUAUUCGAUCUCAGAGUCGAUGGACGUGAAACGACGCCGUCUGAUGAAGAUCUCGUGACUCUGUGUUCGGAGUUUCUCAACGCCGGCACGGAUACGACGGGGACGGCGAUAGAGUGGGGAAUCGCGGAGCUGAUUUCGAAUCCAGAGAUUCAAUCUCGGCUGUACGAUGAGAUUAAAUCAACGGUGGGAGAUGAUCGUACGGUAGAGGAGAAAGAUUUGGAUAAAAUGGUCUUUUUACAAGCUUUUGUUAAGGAGCUUCUCCGGAGACGUCCGCCGACGUAUUUUACGUUAACUCACGGCAUUACGGAGCCGACGACUCUCUCCGGUUACGAUAUUCCGGUUGGAGCUAAUGUUGAGUUUUAUCUUCCGGGUAUAAGUGAGGACCCGAAGAUCUGGUCUAAACCGGAGAAAUUCGACCCGGACCGGUUUAUAACAGGUGGAGAAGACGCCGAUUUAACCGGAGUCGCCGGGGUUAAGAUGAUGCCGUUCGGAAUUGGCCGUCGGAUUUGCCCGGGGCUUGGAAUGGCGGUCGUACACGUGGAGCUAAUGCUAGCGAGGAUGGUUCAAGAGUUCGAGUGGACCACGUACCCGCCGGGGAGCCAAGUGGAUUUCACCGGCAAAUUGGUGUUCGCGGUGGUAAUGAAGAAUCCGUUGAGAGCGAGGGUUAAAGCUAGGGUUUAAGUUCUGUGGUUUGACUUUUUUAACUUGACCAAACCCCGGUUCAAGAGAAAGUUCGCAUAUUGUGUAAUUUGAUGUGGUUUAAUUAAAUGUUAUGCUACUC